AUGGGGGUCGAGUCCACUCUAGAUACGGCCACGGUCCAUUCCAGUGUUGCGGAGAUCGCGACCACCCUUACCUCUCCGGAGGUCAGUAUUCACAAUGACAGCACAGACGAGCUAGAUGACGAGUCCUAUAGCAAGCCUAUCCCCGACGACAGCGAUGUUGAAGCUCAAAUCCAGCCCAAGGCCAUCCACAACAUCUGCUUCGUUGGGGCCGGUUAUGUCGGCGGUCCUACCGCCGCCUUGAUGGCGCUGAACAACCCUCAGAUCAAAGUGACCGUAGUCGACAAGGACGAUCGUCGCAUCCGCAGAUGGAACUCGCGCCACCUGCCAAUUUACGAGCCCGGCCUUGCAGAGAUCACCCGUAUUGCGCGGGACGGCCUCGAAGGCGCAAAGGACGGCAACGCGGCGCCUCGCAAGCCGAACCUGUUUUUCUCCACCGACGUUUCUCGCUGCAUUGGCGAGGCGGACAUUGUCGUUAUCGCUGUCAACACGCCUACUAAGAUGCGCGGUGCUGGGAAAGGCAGCGCCACCGACAUGACCAGCUUCGAGGCGGUCGCGGGCGAGGUGGUCCGCCACGCAAGGGAUGGUACAAUCAUAGUGGAGAAGAGCACAGUGCCCUGCAGGACGGCUGAGAUGAUCGAGCAAAUGAUCAAGCUCCAACGUCCUGGUGUGCAUUUCGAAAUUCUUUCCAACCCAGAGUUUCUGGCCGCUGGAACGGCUGUGCAAGAUCUGCUAAGCCCUGAUCGUGUGAUUAUCGGAUCGUCGCCCUCCGUGCAAGGUAGAAUUGCUGCGGAGACUCUUGCGUCAGCAUACACGGCUUGGGUCGACCGGUCACGCAUUAUUACCGUCAAUGUCUGGUCAUCGGAGCUGGCGAAGUUGGUUGCCAACUCCAUGCUUGCCCAGCGGUUGAGUAGUAUUAACAGCAUAUCUGCGAUCUGCGAGGCAACUGGUGCGGAGAUCAACGAGGUUUCGGCUGCCAUUGGCGCAGACGUGCGUUUAGGCAACAAGUUCCUCCGUGCGGGUAUUGGGUUCGGAGGCAGCUGUUUCAAGAAAGAUGUGCUGUCACUUGUCUACCUCGCCGAGUCUCUUGGCUUGGCAGAGGUGUCAGACUACUGGCGCAGCGUUGUCGAAAUGAACGAGUACCAGCGGAACCGCUUCAGCACCCGCGUCAUCCGACGACUUAACUCGACCCUUGUCACGAAGAAACUCACCAUCUUGGGCUACGCUUUCAAGAAGAACACGUCCGAUACUCGCGAGACUCCCGCGCUGGAGAUCAUCAAAACCCUGCUGGAUGAGAACCCGCGCGAGAUCGCAAUCUAUGACCCCUGUGUGAACCGGUCCGUCAUCGAGAGUGAGAUCCGAGAGAUGCAGUCGUACGGGCCCCUACUCAAGGAAGACGGCGGCUGUAUCUCCGUCUACUCAGACCCGUACGAGGCGACCUCCGGCACCAAUGCCAUUCUGAUUAUCACAGACUUCGAUGAGUUCAAGACGAAGCCAGUGGCCCCACCUUCGCCAAGCGCUGCCGGGCCUGCUGCUGGAGUAACGGAUGCUCUUCGCAAGCGCUUCGUGGCUGAGCCCGAUUGCGCUGCUGACUGUCCUGACUGCCACACUGGUACAGGGUAUAUAGACCCCAGUGCCGAAUACAAGCCUAAGCAACAGCUUGACUGGAAGCGCAUUGCUUCGCACAUUAAGUCCCCAGGCUGGGUGUUUGACGGCCGAUGUAUUUUGGAUGUACAGGAGAUGAAGAAGCUGGGAAUUCGAGUCGAGAGUAUCGGCUCUGCGGGCGGACUGUAA